UUCAGCUUCAGUCCGAGUCGCCUCGUGAUUAGUUUUCUUCUUGUGCAUCGUAUACAGUGACGUGUCCAAUUUUUCUUUCACUUCUCUGCUUCCCUCCGCGGCUAUUAUCGUCCGUCGAAUAAUCGUCGCUUCCAGGCUACACCGAUCUAUUAUUUCCACAUUAUCGACAGUCCCGCUUAAACGAAAAAACGAAAGCCAUAAAGAAAGGCAUUAAGAUAACGCACUCGCAGAGAUAUUCGACAAGUUUUCGUUGGUUUGUUUACUUCUGAGCCUACACUUCGCAGACCGAGCCGAUACCUGUAGUUAGCAGUCAACAACGUGUUCACGAAAUUCAACAUCCCAAGGAAUUUCCUGUCGACAAUAUGCCGAGCAGCAAGACAAGAAUUGCCAUAGUUGGUGGUGGCGUAGCUGGAUUACUGGUAGCUCGCCACACAGCCGCCAAAUUGGACACUUACAGUCUCACUUUAUUCGAGCAAACGGACCAGGUGGGUGGAACAUGGAUCUACACCGAUGAAACGGAUGUGGACAAGCAUGGAUUAGCGAUCCACAGUAGCAUGUAUAAGAAUCUGAGAACAAAUCUUCCUCGGGAAAUAAUGCAAAUACCAGAUUUUCCAAUGAAACACGAUGAGGGACCAUCAUUCGUUCACCAUAGCGUAAUUCGAGAAUAUCUUUGGGAUUAUGCGAAACAUUUUAAUUUAUAUCCACACAUAAAGUUAAACACGUUAGUGAAACACGUGGAACCGGAAACUCUGCGGAACGGUCAAACUAUCUGGAUGAUCACCUACGUGGACAUGGAAACCAAAAUAGAGACAACUAAAACAUUCGACGUUGUGGUCCUCUGUAAUGGUCAUUACACUGUAGGCCAUAUUCCACGCAUUCCAGGUAUCGAAAGCUUCCCUAGCGGAUCUAUACAUAGCCAUCAGUACAGGGUACCGGAAGUGUACGCCAGAAAGAAAGUUUGCAUCCUAGGCGCGUCCUGGUCCGGUAUCGAUAUUGCCAUGGAGGUCUCGCAGUAUGCUGAGAAGGUAUAUUUAAGCCAUAAUUUAUCUGCACUGGGUGAUUCGAAAAUGCCUAAAAACGUGGAACAGAGGCCUGGAAUCCAAUCGAUUCAAGGAAACAUAUUCAUCUUCCGCGAUGGUUCCACAGCUGAAGUAGACAACUUUAUAUAUUGCACCGGCUAUAAAUUUACGUAUCCCUUUAUGUCGUCUAAAGUUGAGAUGCGUACCGACGACAACCAUGUCGAGCCGAUUUACAAACACCUGAUACACAUCGAUUAUCCGAGUUUAUUCAUAAUGGGACUGCCAGGAAUUGUAAUUCCGUUCCCCAUGUUCCAUAUACAAGCACAGUAUAUAUUGAACAUUAUCGAAGGUCACAUUAAGCUACCUUCUGCGCAGCAAAUGAGAGAAGAGUAUGAAGUGGAAAAGAAAGCUCUGCUCGACCGUGGAAUUCAGCUAAGGCAUAUCAAUAAACUAAAGGAACGACAAUGGGCGUAUUAUGAUGAGCUUGCAGCGGCUACAGGCAUUCCGAGUUUUCCACCAGUAAUCAGGAAAAUCUACGAUCACUCGAACCAAAUGCGUGAAUUGGAUAUUGGCAAUUACAAAAAUUAUCAAUAUCGCAUAAUUGACGAUGAAAAUUUCGUAGUGUGUUGCUGUAAACCCUGUUAAGGCUUAAACUCGAAAAUCAAAGGAGAUAUUUCAGAUAAUGAAUACUUUUGGACUGAAAUCGUUCAAAGCUCACAAUUGCUUUCGCGUUCAGUGGUGUUACCUGCAUUUCUCGUUCCACUAAACGUAAGAGUACCUUAGUGUCUUAAUUUGCUAGAAGUGAAAUGCUAGUGCACAUUUGCCGAGAUAAAUCAAUUCAAAACACACAGAACUUCGAUUACGCGAAUUCUUCCUGCGCUUUACAUACCACUUUAUGGAGUAAAGUGUGUAUCUAGACGAAUACGUAUAUACACGCAGUAAGUAAAACUUACGCAAGCGAGUAUGCCUUAUAAUGCGUUCGAUAUGGUUUAGUAUCAUUUCCAAGGUACACUUUAAUGCGAAAAUGUGAUAAUAGCACGCUCAUGUUGUACAUAAAGAAUGCGUCAAUUACAUUGUACUGUUACUCAUAUCGAUUAAAAAUCAAAGGAUUUUUAUAUAAAGGAAGAAUAUUUUAGAUAAAGGAAGAAUUAUACAAAAUGAAGGAUAAUAUUUU